ACCAUAAGGAGUUCAUUUUAAGGUAACAGAGAUUUUUAAAAAAUUAAGGUGAUUCAUUUUAAUAAUGGUUCUGUAUAUAUUUAUUAGGUGAUUUAAUAUUUCUGUUAUAAUAUUUUCUUAAGGUGAUGAACUAUGGUCAUUAGAGAGCACGACAAGUUCAUAUGUGCUACAUAGUUUUGACAUAGUUCACUCAUGAUUUGAUGACAUAUUUUAAUUUCUUUUAUGUGAUACGUGUAUCAUUUCAUAAAUUUAGCUGAUAUAUAGAAUAGAGUUGUUAUGAUAUUCGAUUGAUAUUAUAUUAAAUGAUCCAUUAAUGAUUAAGAAAUGUUAUUAAGAAAUAAAUGAAACAUCUAAAGAGUCCAUUUUUUAAAAUAUCACACAUGAAUCAAGGUUGUGACUUCUGUUUUAAUAUAUAAGAUGCGAGAUAGUUCAUAGUUGAACUAAUUUUAUAUUAGAACACGUAUCGAUGUCAAUGAAUAUAAGAACUAUGCCAAAUUAGAUACAUGUAUUAUAUGUGUUCAAAAAAAAAGAAGAAGAUACAUGUAUUAUAUAUAUUGUUCUGACUUAUUAGAUUCAUGUAUAUUAUAUAUUGUUCUGACUUUUUCUAUGAAUUUAUAAGUAGCAAUAAGAAUUCUUAUACCUAUCCCUUAGUGCCAUGCCACAUUAUGGCCUUCUCAAAACAAACCCCUCUCCUUCUCCUCCUCCUCUUCAUCUUCUUCAUAUUUCCUCUUCUAAACGCCUCACACCCAAAUCCUUGCUACACAUCUACUUGUGGAAGAGGGAACAUAGACGUCCGUUUCCCUUUCUGGCUAUCCCCCAAGCAACCUGAGUCCUGUGGCGACACAGGAUUCAAACUCUUAUGUACUGAUCGCAACGAGACAGCCUUAGAGAAUCCUAAAUCCAAACCAUUUAUUGUCCAAGAGAUCGAUUAUAGAAGGCAGCGUAUUCGACUCAGCGACCCGGAUAGCUGCUUAGCCAGACAGCUCCUCAGCUUCAACGCUUCAGGGUCUCCUUUUUUUCUGUUUCUUCCUCGCAGCUACACGGUUUUGAUCUGUCCUAAAGACGAGAAUGUCGCACCAUCUUUCAGAUCCAUCCAGUGCCUUGGUAAUUCCACUUCCUCCUUCUUUGUCACGGAGUUGGAACAGGUCAGUUCGAUGCCGUCUUCUUGUCAUGUCUUUAAGACGUUACAUCUUCCGUAUUCAUUCCAUGCUGACAUCAACCAACAAUACCUGUGGCUCAAAUGGGACUCGCCAGAUUGUGGAUAUUGUGAGAGGAGUGGUUCAAGAUGUGGAUUUAUAAACAAUACCACACGCCAAGUCCAAUGCUUCAGUUCUGUAAACUCAGGACUCCACAAUACAAGCUUACAAGUACUAAAGAUAAUCUGCCUCUCUCUAAUGGGCCCACUCAUCGCCUUGAGCUUCUGCGUCGGUCUUGUCUUCUGCAGUUCCGAGAGAGUCUCUUCCCAGAUACAACACGCCAUGGCCGUAACACCGGAGCCAUCAAGCGACGUCCAAGUCAUCACGAGGACGGGUCUGGAUGAAUCUACGAUCGAGUCAUACAAGAAAGUUGAGUUAGGUGAGAGUAAGAGACUCCCGACCGGGUCAAAUGAUGUUGUAUGUUCCAUUUGUUUGUCGGAAUAUGCAACUAAAGAGACUGUUAGGUGCUUACCAGAAUGUGAACAUUGUUUCCAUGCCGAAUGUAUCGAUGCGUGGCUCAAGUUGCAUAAUUCGUGUCCGGUUUGUCGGAGCAAUCCCUCUCCCGCACGUGAAGGGUGCAACUAGCUUUGCAUGUAUGAAUUAACUUUGUAACGUUUGUAUAUAUAUAACUAGGUAAUAACCCGCGCCUUGC